CAUCCCACAGAUUUCCCUAGAGUAGGAGCCUGGACAAAAGCAAUCCAGGGUUGUCGGGAGAGGAGGCUGUUAGGGACAAGCUGGUUCUCUCUCUCUCUCUCUCUCUCUCUCUCUCUCUCUGUGUGUGUGUCUGUCUCUCUCUCUCACACACACACACACACACACCAUCUCCACUCUCUGUCUCUUAGCUUGGAUUGGCUGGAUCCCCAGCCCAGAGCCCUCCCUACCCUACUUCCUGCCUCUCUCCACUGCCCUGAGCCCCCUUGUUCCCUUUCCCACUGCCUUGCGGGAUGCUGCAGCUGAUCCAGUCCUGGCUGGGGUUGGGGCUGGGGCUUGAGGCAGUCUCCCCAUGGCUGCUCCUGCUACUGGUUGGUGCCUCCUUGCUCCUGGCCCGCAUCCUGACCUGGACUCACGCUUUCCAUAAAAUGUCUCGAACCCUCCGAAGUUUUCCAGAACCUCCCAGAUGGAACUGGUUCUUGGGGCAUCUGCACCUGGUCAACUCCACGGAAGAGGGCAUGAAGGAAGUGACCCAGCUGGUGAUCGCCUUUCCCCAAGGCUUUCUGAUCUGGAUGGGCCCCAUUAUGCCUCUCGUCAUGCUGUGCCACCCUGACGUCGUCCGACCUGUCCUGAAUGCCUCAGCUGCCAUUGCACCCAAGGACAGAGUAUUAUACAGAUUCCUGGAGCCAUGGCUGGGAGAUGGGCUUUUGCUGAGUGCCGGUGACAAGUGGAGCAGCCAUCGUCGCAUGCUGACGCCUGCCUUCCAUUUCAACAUCCUGAAGCCCUACAUGAAGAUUUUCAACAAGAGUGUAAAUGUUAUGCAUGCUAAGUGGCAGCGCCUGGCCUCGGAGGGCAGUGCCCGUCUGGACAUGUUUGAGCACAUCAGCCUCAUGACCCUGGACAGCCUGCAGAGAUGCGUCUUCAGCUUUGACAGCAAUUGUCAGGAGAAGCCCAGUGAGUACAUUGCCGCCAUCUUGGAGCUCAGUGCCCUUGUAGUCAAAAGACACCAGCAAAUCCUCCUGCACACAGACCUCCUGUACUACCUCACCUGCAAUGGGCAACGCUUCCGCAGGGCCUGCCACUUGGUGCAUGAUUUCACCGAUGCCAUCAUCCAGGAGCGGCGUCACACACUCCCUAAUCUGGGGAUUGAUGAGGUCCUCAACGCCAAGGCCAAGAACAAGACUUUGGACUUCAUUGAUGUGCUCCUGCUGACCAAGGAUGAAGAUGGAAGGCAUUUGUCAGAUGAGGACAUACGGGCAGAGGCUGAUACCUUCAUGUUUGAGGGCCAUGACACCACGGCCAGUGGUCUCUCCUGGGUCCUGUACAACCUCGCACAGCACCCAGAAUACCAAGAGCGCUGCCGGCAGGAGGUGCAGGAGCUGCUGAGAGACCGGGAAUUUAAAGAGAUUGAGUGGGAUGACCUGGCCCAGCUGCCCUUCCUCACCAUGUGCAUCAAGGAGAGCCUGCGGCUGCACCCCCCGGUCACAGUCAUCUCCCGCUGCUGCACCCAGGACGUGGCGCUCCCGGACGGCCGGGUCAUCCCCAAAGGCGUCAUCUGUGUUAUCAGCAUUUUCGGGAUCCAUCACAACCCAGCUGUGUGGCCGGACCCUGAGGUCUAUGACCCCUCCCGCUUCGAGCCAGAGAAGGUCAAGGACAGGUCGCCGCUGGCUUUCAUCCCCUUCUCAGCUGGGCCCAGGAACUGCAUCGGGCAGUCCUUCGCCAUGGCCGAGAUGAAGGUGGCACUGGCGCUCACCCUGCUGCGCUUCCGCGUCCUGCCCGACGGCACCAAGCCACGCAGGAAGCCGGAGCUGAUCCUGCGCGCCGAGGACGGCCUCUGGCUGCGGGUGGAGCCGCUGAGCGCAGGCCCACAAUGA